GCGUGGCGCCUGGAGGCGGCGGGCGCGCAGUUCGCCAUGCUGUCGUUCAGCGUGGAGCCGCACUGGUGCGGGGCGCUGUACUCGCUGUGCGCGCGCCACGAGCGGGCGCUGCCGCUGCCGCACCUCGCCGACGCCUUCGCCUGCUCCGCCGCCAGGCCGCCGGUCGACGUCGACUGGAUCGCCGUCGCCGGCACUUUCGGCUUCGAGAUUUGCUCGCUCUCCUCCACCUGGGCGCUCGCCUUCGAGGCAGUGAAAGCAAGCGGUGUCAUUCUGCUGUUGGGCGUUGGGAGCUUAGUCUGUUAUAAACUGUACAAUUACUACUGGCCGAGGUCGAGGUCACGACUUGGCUCUCCUGAUUCCUCACCUUCACCACAAAGGCGUUCAAAAUACUGUUUUGCCUACAGCUGUGCUCAUGGUGAACUGAUUGAAGAUGUUGAAGAGGAAGAUGAUGUGGACAUUCAGGGUUGUUACUUUGGCCCACUUGAUGAAAAGGAAAAAGUGGAAUGGUCUGCUCACAGUUCAGAGAGUGAGGCAGACACAGAUCCAAGUAAACUGUGCCGAUGUGUCAGACACUGCCCUGUUCAUCACAAGGCACCAUGUUCAAGCAGGCAUCGACAUCCACGACUCAGGUGGAGAUGUCCUAGCCAUAUGACUUCAGCUCCACAGCAGAAGCCAACCACAUGGCUUUUAAGGAAACUAAGCGAUAUGAUGAAUAUUGCAUCAGGACAUCAGGUUGCUGUUGUAGGAAGUCACAUUCCUCAGGAUACACCAAGUUCAAGAGAAAUAGGAAAAUGCCAAUCAAUGCAAGUACAACUUUUGAAGUCAAAAGAGGAACCAAUGCUAAUAUCUUUUUCUGAAGAUAAAGAUUUUUAUUGUCAAGCCUGUCAUGAAAUGCCAUUGCAUACAGAUAGAAUUUGUGGAGAAACUGUGACAGAUACCCCUCAUUUAAUUAGAGAUGAAUCAUAUGACUCACUUGGAUUCUCCAAGGGGAUGCCAAGUGAAGGGUCAUUGGAUAGUGUCUGCUCAGAACUUAGCUUAGAUUUGUCUUUACCAGAAAUUUCUUUGGGAACAAGUACAAUGGUUCGUUUUGAAGGCAUACAGCAGGUAAUUAAUCAGAUAAAAAGUAACUGUGACAACAUGAGUGAAGACUUUGAGACAAUUAAAUGCAAUAGAAAUUUACCUGGCAUGUCCAGCUUAAUGAAAGGGGGAGCAACUUGUGAUCAAGAUAUAAAAGAUGCUCUUCCUGAAGAGGAAGCAGAAAAUGUCAAAGAGCAGCGAGCACGGGCCUGCUUUGCAGGACUAUACAGCCUUACUGUUAUAAACAAUAGCACAUCUUCUGAACUUUCUGAUGCAUGUCUAAAUACUGAUAAUAAACAAGGGAGCUUUGGAUCAGCUGAGUCAUUUGAGUGGGAUUCUCCAAAUCAUGUAAUAAGUACAGAAGUUUGUGAAUCACCUAGUAAUUCAAAAAAUAUUUGUGUUAAUGAAUCAGAAGGACUAAAUAGUGCUAGUGACUAUAUCAAAACUGCCGUAAAUAUUGAGGAAGGAAGUGCCAAAUGUAAUGAUGCAGAUUAUUUACUCUAUCGUCAGUCUAUAAAAGUAAAUGAAAAUACAGGUAUAACAACUGCUGCAAGUGAAGAUGACUUGAUGGCACACUUGGAAUGGGAUGAUGAUUUAACAGAGUUCACAGAAGAAAAUGGUAACACUAAACUUGAUGGUGACUUUAUGCAUACAUUGGAAACAUUGGAAAUGGACAUGGAAGCAGAGCUUCAAAUGGAAGAGGAUUUUGCGAAAGAUGAUUUUCUCAUAGAUGGUGCAGAUAGCGCUAUGACAAGCUUCAUCUCAACAAGGAGUGGUACUGAUACUUGCUCAAUAGAGAAGUAUUCUGGAAUGGAAAGCAGUGGAUUUGGGAGCCUCAUGCUUGACUCUAGUACAUCAGUGACUUCCCAUAUGUUACCCACUGAUGGAAGUCAAAACAAGGAACCACACAUAUUCAGCAAUGCUGAAGAAUCAGCCUACAUAGACUGGGAUAUGGGUCCAGAGCAGCCUAUCAUGCAGGAUCAACAAGAAGUGUAUGAGAAAUUGGUGGCCUACAGUAGUAGCUGUACUAGUGAGAUUUCAACACCUAUGACUGAAAAUUCUUAUUCAGAUGUUGCUUCUCCUUCGGGAGAGCACAGUAAAGAGCCCACUACUGAAAACAUUGGUAGCAAAGUAGAUUUGCUGCAAUAUGCUCUUAAGGAAUGGAAAGGAAGCACAAAGAAAGCCGAGACAAUCCUGAAGGGGUAUGCUGAAAUACCAUCAACACUGGGAGUUUCUCAUUUACGGCGUAUACGUGGUGACAACUAUUGUGGUGUUAGAGCAGCAGUUUUCCAAGUUUUGGCACAAGGUCUGACAGUGCCUUCUGCUUACAGUACAUUACAAUAUCUAAUGAGCAGUGAAGGGCAUAAUUUGGUACAAGAUUGGACGUUUGCUGGUAGAUUACCAUACGAAGGAAGUAAUGUAC